GCCAUUUUUAUUAUCUUCACUCUUCACACAAUUCAGCACUGAUUAAAUAGCAUUCAAAAGCUGCAACACUUGAAGUUCACAGCUCACAAUCCUUAGGAUUUCCAAGGAAACCUUUUAUCUUGAUCCUCUGCACAUCCAAUACACAAGAAUUUCAGCUGAUGAAGAUGAUUACCAUGUCACUCAUGUGUGGAAAUUAUAUAAGUGGAAGAGGGCUUGAAGAUCCUGCCAUUGAUUUGAUACAUCCAUGCCUUGGAAAAGACCACCUGGCUAAUUAUUUUCUUGGGUGUUCUUCCAAAAGUGCAUUUAUUAUCUGGCCAAAGUAUUUAAGCGGUUCAAGGAAUAGAAAAGACCAAAAGUUUCAUGUUGUUGCAAAGAUUAUAAAGGGAAAGAAGCAUGAUUAUCCAUGGCCUGAUAAAAUGGAUCCAAAUAUCAGUAGUGGAUAUUUAACUUACCUGUCUCACUUUAAGCCUCUGGCAGAGAAACCAAAACCUGUGACACUAGAUUUUGAGAAGCCACUGGUUGAUCUAGAGAAAAAGAUUAUAGAGGUACGUAGAAUGGCAGAUGACACAGGUUUAGACUUUAGUAAUCAAAUUGGAGCUCUGGAGAGCAAGUAUCAACAGGCUCUGAAAGAUCUAUACAAGCAUUUAACACCUAUUCAACGGUUGAUGAUUGCUCGACAUCCCAAUAGGCCAACAGUUCUUGAUCAUAUACUUAAUAUCACAGACAAGUGGCUUGAGCUUCAUGGAGACCGUGCUGGCUAUGAUGAUCCAGCAAUUGUGACUGGUAUAGGGAGUAUAGAUGGAAAGAGUUACAUUUUUAUUGGCCAUCAAAAAGGUAGGAACACAAAGGAAAACAUUGCUCGCAACUUUGCAAUGCCAACUCCUCAUGGCUACCGCAAAGCAUUGCGCAUGAUGAAAUAUGCUGAUCACCAUCAAUUCCCCAUCAUUACAUUUGUUGACACUCCUGGGGCCUUUGCUGAUCUAAAGUCUGAGGAACUUGGUCAAGGUGAGGCGAUAGCCAAAAAUUUAAGGACUAUGUUUGGUCUCAAGGUACCAAUAAUAACAGUGGUAACUGGGGAAGGUGGUUCAGGUGGUGCACUUGCCAUUGCCUGUGCAAAUAAAUUGUUUAUGCUCGAGAACUCUGCCUUUUAUGUUGCAAGUCCUGAAGCUUGUGCUGCAAUAUUGUGGAAAUCAUCCAAAUCCUCUCCUAAGGCAGCUGAAAAGCUAAAAAUAACAGCACAAGAACAUUACAGACUCGGAAUAGCUGAUGGUGUCAUUCCUGAGCCACUAGGUGGGGCACAUGCUGAUCCUACAUGGACUUCUCAACAAAUCAAGCUUGCAAUCACUCAGGCCAUGGAGGAGUUGACAAAAAUGGAUGCAGAGGAGUUGCUACACCAUAGACAUCUCAAGUUUCGGUCAACUGGAGGCUACCAAGAAGGCAUACCUGUGGAACCAGAGAGGAAACGCAACAUGAAGCCAUCUGAGGUCAACUCAACAAAGAUCAGUGAUAUUGAGUCAGAGCUCCAAAGUCUCGAGAAGAAAAUUUUAGAAGCAAAAGGACCGGUUGAACUUGAUUCACUCACAAAGGAAGCACUUCAAAAGCUGGUGAAAGAAGCUGACCAAGAGAUAACUGAAGCACUCAUUUCAAUGGAUUUGGCCGAAAAAGUUCAAUCUGCGAAGAUGGAACUAUCUAAAGUCUCCUCAAACCAACCCCUCAAUAGCAACUUAAAGGAGAAAGUGGACAAAAUAGUGAAAGAAAUGAAGACCAAGAUGUCUCAGCCAGCGGCCUAUCUUGGAUUGAAACAGAAGCUUCAGAAGCUGGACAAUGCCAACAGGCUCAUUGAGAUGAAGUUGAAACAAGAAGAAUUGAAACAAGAGCUGAAUCAGAAACUUGGUGAUGACACCAAAGCAAAGAUGGAAAACUUGAAGGUUGCAUUGGCAAAGGUACCAAAAGGGGAGUCACCAAACAAGGAAUUGGUGGAGAAAGCAAUGGAAGUCAUGAAGGAGUUGGAAGAGGUGUUGAAAUCAGCCAACUUGGAGAUUGUUGGGGUAGUCGAGAGAAGUGUGGUGAGUCCGCCACCAGAUGUUAAAGAGAAGAUAACAGAGUUGAGGAAUGAGAUCAUGAGUGAAAUUGAUAGAGUGGUAAAUGAAGAAGGUCUUAAGGGCCAAAUCAAGGAGUUGGAGAAUGAGAUAGCUCGAGUUUCAAAUUCUGAGGAUGUACAAAAGAUGGAGGAAGGUAUUAAGGAGAGGAUUCUUGCUGCAUUGGAUGUCAAAGCACUGAAGGAAAAGAUUGAGAGACUGAGAGAAGAGUUGGGAUCCUCAUCCAAGGAUGUUUAUGAAAACAAGAUUGGUGUUGGAAUCCUCAUCCAAGAGUUGGAGUCCUUGAGAAAGUGAAUUAUGAAUCUAAUUCAAUAAUAUAAAAUUAACUUAUAAAGUAAUGAUUGUUCUCGUUA